GAUGUAGACUAACAAAUUUAUGUGUGUUUAUUAUUAUAUGCGAUGGAUUUAAUCCGCAAAUCGGAUUUUAGUCCAAACCCGAAAUUAAGUGAGUUGGCCUUAGUAACGAGAAGGGUUUCUUUGCCUUCUAUAAAAGCCCCUGCCCUUCGUUAAGACCUUCUCUCAAUGCAAUGCGCACCUCUCCACAUCCAACAAUGGCGAGCGCGAUCAAACCCCACGAUCCCGAGCUCCCCGUCGCCACCUCGCCCGGUGCUCUUCCUCCUCCUCCUCCUCGUUCUCGGUCAUCGCCUCGGCCGCCGCUGCUCGCGCGCGCGCGCGGGAACCUGGCGUUCCGGGCGCGGUGGGAAUCGGAGCUGAACGGGGCGAUGGGCGACCUGGGGACGUACGUGCCCAUCGUCCUCGCCCUGGCCCUGGCGAAGGACCUGGACCUCGGCACGACCCUCAUAUUCACGGGGAUCUACAACAUCGUCACGGGGCUCAUCUACGGCGUCCCCAUGCCCGUCCAGCCCAUGAAGUCCAUCGCCGCCGUCGCCAUCUCCUCCCCCUCCUUCUCCGUCCCCGAGAUCAUGGCCGCCGGCAUCUGCACCUCCGCCGUCCUCUUCCUCCUCGGCGCCACCAGGCUCAUGGAGGUGGCUUACUGGCUCGUGCCACUCCCAGUGGUGCGCGGGAUCCAGCUCGCGCAGGGACUCAGCUUCGCCAUGUCGGCGGUGAAGUACGUGAGAUACGAGCAGGACCUCGCGAAGGCCAAGUCCCUGAGCCAGAGGCCCUGGACGGGGCUCGACGGGCUCGUGCUCGCCAUCGUCGCCACGUGCUUCAUAGUGAUCGUCAACGGCGCCGGCGACGAAGUAGAAAGGCGCGAAGAAGACGACGACGACGACGCCGCCGCCGCCGACGGACCGGAGUCGGGGGACGGCGGCAGAAGACGGCGGAGUACUUGGAAGAGGCUGCUGAAUAAAAUGGCUUCCUCAAUCCCAUCCGCCGUGAUCGUCUUCGUCUUAGGGGUGAUCCUCGCGGUGAUUCGGAAGCCGAGCGCGGUGAAGGAGCUCCGCGCGGGGCCGUCGCCGAUCGAGGUGGUGAGGAUCUCGAGGCACGCGUGGAAGGACGGGUUCGUGAAGGGCGCGAUCCCGCAGCUCCCGCUGUCGAUCCUCAACUCGGUGAUCGCGGUGUGCAAGCUCACCAAGGACCUGUUCCCGGAGCGCGCGGAGCCGUCGGCGGCGUCGGUGGCGGUCACGGUCGGGGCCAUGAACCUGGUCGGGUGCUGGUUCGGCGCCAUGCCCUGCUGCCACGGCGCCGCCAAGCUCGCGCUCGGGCUCGUCCUCGGCGCCUCCAUGCUGAGAAUUCUCGUCCAGUUCCCCGUGGGCCUCCUCGGCGUGCUCCUCCUCUUCGCCGGGGUCGAGCUCGCCAUCGCCGCCCGGGACAUGGCCACGCGCGCCGAGGCCUUCGUCGCGCUCGUCUGCGCCGCCGUCUCCCUCGUCGGCUCCAGCGCCGCGCUCGGCUUCGUCUGCGGCAUGAUCGCCCACGGCCUCGUCCAGCUCCGCAAGCUGAUGCUCAAGUGAGCCCGCCGAUCUUAAUUUAAAUUUAAAAUUUUUACAAUCUCUCUACCUAAUCUCACUGUAUUAACAAAAUAUGUAUCUAAGUUUAGAACUUUCAAUUUUGCUACCUAUUGUAUAUCUGAUAUAUUCUGUUGAGAGCUGCUGCAAGUGUUUUAAAAUUAGAUAGCAGAAUUAAAAUUUUCAAAAGCCUAGACAUUUAUUUUGAGAAAACUAUAAGAUUGAGUAGGAGAUUGAAACUUUUAAAUUUUAAAUAUUUAUUUCCAAAAUGCUUGUAUAUUUUUAAAAUUUUUUUCCCUUUAAUGUUGCUGUGUGGAAAAUAACUAAUGGCUUUACUCAAAGAAAGUUCAAGAGAGCUUGAGCUGUAGACUGAUGGGGGUCUAUUGAGUAAUUUGCCGAACAGAUUGUGGGGAUAUUGGCGAUGUAAAGUGUCGAGAAUGUUUAUUUGGUGUUGUGAAUUUGGAUUU